AGCCCUGAGAAGUCGAGCGUGAACCGGAACUCUCCCCAAGCGCAUAUUCGCCGGUUGAAGCUUGCUGAUCGUUGGCCCAAACAGCGACUCGAAGACGCACUACUCUGCCUACUCCGUACAGCGCACAGAUGGCCUGAGAAUCAUCACUGUCAACACUGACUUCUGGUACACGGAAAAUUACUACACCUACAUGAACCUGUCGUCGUCCGAUAAAUCAGGCAUGCUGCGCUUCUUGACCGACGAGCUCCAAGCCGCUGAGGACGCCGGUGACCGUGCGUGGAUUCUUGGCCACGUUCCUACUGGCUGGUGUGGUACUAACGCCCUGAAGAAUCCGAGUAACCUCUUUUAUCAAAUUGUGGAUCGUUACUCGCCCCAUGUUAUCGCAGGCAUUUUCUUUGGUCAUGAUCACGAAGAUGAGCUCAGUAUAUACUAUGCAAACAACGCCACCGAUAUCGGUGCGGACAACGCGCUCACAGUCUCAUGGAUCAUGCCGUCGGUGAUCCCCCUGACGAACCUCAACUCCGGCUUCCGCAUGUACGAGGUCGAUUCCGGGACGUUCGAAGUCUUGGACUCCUACACCUGGUACGCUGACGUCAACUUGUUCGGCGCCCUGGACGGGCAGACGGAGUUCGGGCCCACCUAUCAGCUCGAGUACAGUGCGCGCGAGGCGUACGGGGCGAGCAUAGAGUGGGGGCCUAACGACCCCUUGAACGCGACGUGGUGGCAUCUGGUGACCGAAGCCAUGGAAGCGAACUCGACGCUCGUUGAGCUCUUCAAUACGUACCAAGGCAAGAGCUCGGUCCGGUCGUCUGCCUGCACCGGCGAGUGCAUACCCGCGAAGAUCUGCUACAUGCGUAGCGGCAGUGCCUCUAUCGCCGCCGCGAACUGCCCCUCUGGACAUGGUUCUGUCCAGUAGAUAUAAGGCAGCCAGAAAUUGACGGAUGGAUGACGGCGUGCUGGGAUUUGGCUUGGCUUGCGCGAAUUUGAUGUUCACUUCGAAGUUGUGUAAGAAACAAAUGGUGCAUUGUCACCUCCCCGUGUCACG